AUCGCCUGCGAACUUCACGGAUAAAAGAAAGAAGACGUCGCGUGAAAAAGUCAAGAGUGGAAUGAUUGUCGGUGGCGUGAUUUUAGUGAGUUAUUUUAGGAAAAAUACUGCAUUAGUGUUCGGCUCUAGCGCGGUGCUGUGAAUUUAUCGCUCAUUAAAAAAAAACUUUGCCAAAGUCGAGAAAUAGCUAACUGUUGAUCAUGCCUGCAGGCAAGAAAAGCGUCCAGGGAUCUAACAACUCAACAGCAUUAGCAAAACAGACACCGCUUCUGAGCAACAACUCGGAAAAUAGCUCGAAUAAUCUUUCUCAUAGAUCCGCUCUGCGUAACGAUGUACUACUGGAGAGCUUAACCAAAGAACAGUUGAAGGCCGAGUGUCGAAAACGUGGACGGAAAACCAGUGGCAAUAAGGCGGAUUUGUUACAGAGACUGGGUUACAACAAAAUGCAACGUCUUAACGCCGAACAGCAACAUCGGACAGAAACUGAGCCAAAUGGUGCAACGUUCAAAACACCUCCAAAGACAAACACGAAUCAAACGAAGAUAAAUAGUUUAGUAAUUUGGAAAUCUCCUAUUCUCACGACAAAAUACGCCAUCUUGGAAAUUAUUUCACUGCUGCAAUGUUACGGAAAACGGUUAAUUCAGCAACGAAAGCUGAUGAUGGCCUUAGCCACGUUAAUAAUAGUUAUAACGACGCUUUGUCUCGUUCCUGGUAGUCAUCAACAAAUUAUCAAAUUAGUAAAAUCAAAAGGAAUUUUCAUCAUUUACUGGACCGGGCUGGGCGUGCUUUCGUCCGUAGGUCUUGGUACAGGUCUACAUACAUUCUUACUCUAUCUAGGACCACAUAUUGCUAGUGUCACUUUAGCAGCUUAUGAAUGCAGUACUCUCGAUUUUCCUGAACCUCCUUAUCCAAACGAAAUCGUAUGCCCUGAAGAAGAGGUCAUAUCGACAGCAUAUCCAUCGAUGUGGGCCAUCAUGUCCAAAGUGCGCUUUGAAGCCUUUCUGUGGGGUGCCGGUACAGCUCUCGGAGAAUUACCGCCCUAUUUCAUGGCCAAAGCCUCUAGACUAUCGGGUGCCGAGCACGAAGAUUUUGAUGACAUUAAAGAGCUAGAAGACCGAAAAAAACAUGGUGAUAAAUUGAACCUUUUCGAGCGUGGUAAAUUAGCAAUGGAAAAGUUUGUCGAAAAAGUUGGAUUCCUCGGAAUUCUUCUGUGCGCAAGCAUUCCAAACCCACUGUUUGAUCUCGCUGGGAUCACCUGUGGUCACUUCCUGGUGCCAUUCUGGACGUUUUUUGGGGCGACACUGAUUGGGAAGGCCAUCGUCAAGAUGCACAUUCAGAAAAUAUUUGUUAUUAUCGCUUUCAACGAAAUUCUUGUUGAAAAGGCCGUGGAUUAUAUGGCGAUAGUUCCUGUUAUAGGAAAGAAAUUGCAAGCGCCAUUCAAAGGAUUCCUUCAAAAUCAGAAGGAUAGGCUACAUAGAGGAACCGCCAAAGUAGCACAUAGCUCACCAAACAUCAUUCAAAAUUUGUUUGAAUAUUUUGUUAUAUUUAUGAUCUUAUUCUUCGUUUCAUCUAUCAUUAAUUCUCUUGCUCAAAGCUAUCACAAGAAGUUAAAUAGUCAAAAGAAAAACAAAAGGUCAUAAAUAAGUAAACGAAUCUAGGACAUAAUUUAUGUAGAUAAUGUAAAUAUGCGGAAGUGAAGCCCAAAUAAACGUUACUUUGGUUUUAUGCGUUGCA